UUCUAAAAGGGACAGAGUGCACCCUGCUACAUUUCCUAAUCGUGAGGUCGGUGUACAGGCAGCAGAACUGAAGGGAGCUGGUCACCAUGCAGCUACUCCAACAGGGCAGUAGGCUUGUCCUGGCUCUUGCCCUCCUCCUGGUUUUGGAUUCUUCAGUUCAAGGUUUUCCUGUGCGGAAAGCCAGGUACCAGUGGGUACGCUGCAGUCCUGAUAGUAAUUCUGCAAACUGCAUUGAUGAAAAGGGACCGAUGUUCAACCUACUUCCAGGGGAAUCCAACAGAAUCCUUCCUCCGAGGACCGAUCCUUCUUCAAUGACAAGAUCCCAGAACUUGAAUGAUGUCUUCCCUCUUUCGGAGGACUAUUUUGGAUCUGACUCGGGAUCAGGAUCUGGAAGUGGCUCUGGAAGUGGCUUCUUAACUGAAAUUGAACAGGAAUACCAACCAGUAGAUGAAAGCAGUGCGUUUUAUUACAAAUUUAGGCCUCUCAAGAUAAAUCUGCCAUCAGACAACCAGGACUUGGUCCAAGAUGGACCGGAAGGGGAUUUUAUUAUGUGAAAGAGAGGGUUUCCCAUCUUGAUGUCAGGCAACGCAUUCAAUAUAUUUUAUGUAUCAUAGUUAAGUGAUUAAUUUUGGAACAAAAGGUUUUAUAGAAAUUUUAAAACAUCUGAAAAAGAAGUUUAGGUUUUAUCACCUUUUUUUUCUCAUGAAUUCUGAAAGCUUCCUUUAUCCUGUUGUCCUGGAAGAUACCUAUAUUUCCUUUGUAUCAUAUUCAACCAACGUCACUAUGAAAUUAAUUGGACCACCCAUGUCUAUAAAAUUGCUUUAAAGAAUAAAUUAUACUUUUUUUUUUAAAAUUCAGUUUGAGAAGCAAAUUGACAGGCAAUAUUUCAUAUCUAAGUCUUCAGAAACCUGACUCUGAUUGUGAAUUAUAGAUAUGCCUCUUUUCUUAUGAAAAACCCAGAUGAAACACAUGGUGAAUUUAGAGUGGGUGUAAAGUGUCCAGUGUAAAGUGUAUUGCUCUAAUAUUACCAUUGGAUGUGUUUGCAGAGCUGGUGGACAUUGUUUGUUGAGAAGUAUGAUUGCUGUUACAAGUAGAAACUGAAGACCCAAAUUAAAGCCCAAUUGUGCUCUCAAUACUUCCUACUGCUUUACUUUUUUUCCUGGAUAUCUGUGUAUUUUCAAGUCUUACCCUAUUAAAGGAGAACUAAAAUCAA